CGGUUUAUAGUGCAAUUUUCCUUGUUUCAAGGUCUCCACUUCGACCAUAGUUUUUUUAUAAUAACAAAUGAUAAUGUUUUAGGUAUCUAUUUAUCGUGAAGUAUAAAGUCAUAUACAUGAUCGUUCUCAAUUCGUUCACUAUUCUUAUUCAAGUUGCUUUUAUAGUUUUUAUGUCAUUAUUGUCUAUGAAUAUUAUUCGUCACUUUUCUGGUAGUGCGAAAAGAAUGGCCGUAUUAGCACCAGCGAUAUUCGUUAAUCAUGGAGGUGGUCCUCUGCCUUUAUUAGGAGAAAAAGACCAUUUAGGUCUAACAGUAUUUCUUCGAGACGAAGUAAAGAAACAUGUCAACUUUAAGGUAUUGAAAGCUAUCAUCUUGGUCACAGCUCACUGGGAAGAACAAAAAGUUUCUAUAUCGUCAGCGGAACAUCACGACUUGUACUUCGAUUACUACGGUUUCCCGCCCGAAACUUACAAAUACAGGUACGAUGCCCCAGGAGAUCCAGAACUAGCCAAACGCAUUCAAAUAUCACUGAAAAAUGCUGGUAUUGAGUCUAAAUUAGACCCGAAAAGAGGUUGGGACCAUGGAGUGUUUGUGCCAAUGAUGCUCAUCAAUCCAAGUGCUGAUAUUCCAAUCAUUCAAGUAUCAGUUCUGUCUAAUCAGGACCCAGAGCAACACUAUGCACUUGGACAAGUUUUAUACCAGUUCCGUAAAGAAGGUGUAGCAAUAAUUGGAUCGGGUAUGUCAUAUCAUAACAUGCGUGAAUUUAGAUACAGUCGUGAUACUGGAAAAGUUGUUAAUGCAGAAUUCGACGAAUACCUUAAUAAAGCUUGUACAUCAGGCAAUGAUAAGAGGAAACAAGAUUUGAUAGUGUGGGAUUCCCAGCCUGGUGCGAGAGAAGCCCAUCCACCAAGAGCUGCUGAGCACUUAAUGCCACUCAUAGUGAUUGCUGGGGCCGGUGGUGAAGGUCCAGGAGAGAGGAUCUUUAACUGGGAUAUGAGUGGUACUUUCAGAUUGAGCGGGUUUAUUUGGAAAGAUGAAUGAUAUCACAUAGGUACAGAGCAAUAUUAAAAUUAUAUAUAUAAUCAUAAAGAAAGAAAAUAUUUAAUUUAAUAAUUAUAUAAUACUUUAAUAUAAAACGACACAAUCUUUAAAAACAAAUCUUGUUUUAACUUUAUAGCGAAAUAUACAAACAUGUAUUCAAUAAUAUCAAGUAUUUCUCGUUAUAUGAGUGCAUAAUUGCAUGAAACAAUCGAGAAAAUAUGAAAUAUGUUGCCAAAUACAUGAUAAAUUUAGUAAGAGGGAAAGUAUAUUGUGUCACUCAAAUGAACAAACUUCAUUGCACUCGAUGAAGUUUCACUUGAAGAAUAUGUUAAUUUACAUGCAUUUCA